UUGGCGGCAUUGCGCGGCUGCCACACAGCCAAAACCAUAUAAACAAUUUUUUACAUUUCAAUUUGCACUUUUGAAAGUCGGAAAAUCGAUCUGUGAGCUAACGUAAAAUGCAAAGCAACGCUGGGAGCAGCUAGAACAGCAACCGAGUAUAGUUAACUUCAUUGAAAUCAGGCUAGCAGGGAGUUCCGACCACAAAAAGUAUAUCCGCAGACCGAUCGGCAAAACGUGUGAUAAUAAAACCACUAAAUAUUGAAAAAAAAGAAUGCAACAGUAUUCCGGUUUUAUGUGCUGAAGAAUCCGUGAUUUGUAACCGGCUUACUUAUCGGUGUCACUGUUUCGGAGCUCCAUUUUCCGGUGAUGAAGCCCACCCAAACCGGAGGAAGUAGCUCCAAAAUGACCGAGCCCAUUGAGUAUGUGACCCUGAUUAGCGACGAUUCCGAUGGAGAGCCCUCGCCAAAGAGGAAUGCUCCUCCGCCGCCUCCGCCAGUUGCCCCGAAUCCUGCCCAGAAACAGAAACAGCCGGACGAGGACUCAAAUGAUGCGCCCGCCACCAGCGAUGAACGGCGCACCAGUAGACGGAAUCGACCCAAAGUGGACUAUAGCAACAGGCCAAGUGGAAGUGUAGAAGCCACCUCCAAUGAUAAGUCAGGAUCGGGAUCCCUGGGAUCAAACAACCAGCAGACGGAGCGACGUAGCCAAAGCCAAAAUCAAGCCCGGAAAUCGGAGGCUAAUGCCACUUCCGUUUCCGGUCCCAGUGCCGGAAAUCCAAGACCCUCGCAGAACGGAGAUUCUAAGGAUGUGGGGACGCCCACCGUUUUGUCCGGCCAAGAGGGUGCCGUCUUUCAGUCCCGCCUGCCCUUCAACAAGAUGACGCCCAACGAGGAGGCCUGCUUCCCGGACAUCAGUCGGUCGGGCAUUCUGGGUCAUCGCGUGUUCCUCAAUAUCCGCAACAGCCUGCUACACAUGUGGGUGGAUAAUCCGAAACUCCAGCUGAGCUUCGAGAACGCCCUGAAGAACCUGCCGCCGCCCUUUGACAGCGAACCCAGUUUGGUGAGGCGGGUGCACUCGUUCCUGGAGCGCCAUGGCUUCAUCAACUUUGGCAUCUUCAAGCGACUGCGACCCAUACCCACCAAAAAGCUCGGUAAAGUCAUUGUAAUCGGGGCAGGAAUCUCCGGCUUGGCUGUGGCCCACCAGUUGCAGCAGUUCGGCAUGGAUGUAAUCGUCUUGGAGGCGCGGGAUCGAGUAGGCGGACGCAUAGCCACCUUCCGAAAGAACAGCUACAUCGCGGAUCUGGGAGCCAUGGUGGUGACCGGCGUCUACGGUAAUCCAAUGACCAUCCUGAGCAAGCAGAUUGGCAUGGAUCUGGUGCCCAUUCAGCAGACAUGUCCACUCUACGGCCCAGAUGGCAAACCCGUACCCAAGGAGAAGGAUGAUGUGAUAGAAAGAGAAUUUAACCGGCUACUGGAGUCGGCGAGCUACCUGUCCCACCGCCUUGACUUUAACUACGCCGGCAAUUGUCCGGUUUCGCUGGGCGAUGCACUCGAGUGGAUUAUCAGUAUGCAGGAGAUGCAGGUCAUGCACAAGCGAGCGCAGCACAUGCAGGAGAUCAUAGCCGCCCAAACAAAGAUCAUCGAGCACCGGCGUCGCCUGAAGACCAUCAAACAGACCAUCGCUACGCUAAGGAGUGAGCACCACGCUAUGGUUAAGCAGCGAAAACCCAAGGGCGUGGAGAGCGAUCAGAAUUACGGACGGCAGGAGUUCUCCAUACGAAACAUCCAACUCAAGAUGGAGGAAACUAUGAAGGUGUUCAACGAGCUUCAUGCAGAGGAUAAGCAGAUGGAAGCCAAGCUUCACGAACUGGAGCAAAACCGACCUAGCGAUGUGUACCUCUCUUCCCGCGACCGCCUUAUUCUGGACUGGCACUUUGCCAAUCUGGAGUUCGCCAACGCCACCCGACUGAACAACCUGUCCCUAAAGCACUGGGACCAGGACGAUGACUUCGAGUUUAUUGGCCACCACACCACCGUGCGGAAUGGUUAUUCAUGUGUGCCUGUAGCUCUCACUGAAAACCUAGACAUUCGCGUCAAUAGCGCCGUCAAGGAGAUAAAGUACGGCACCAACGGCGUAGAAGUAGUGGCCGAAAACUUGAAGACCUCCAAUUCCCAGAUGACGUACAAAGCGGACCUGGCCGUCUGCACACUGACCCUGGGCGUUCUGAAAGUGGCAGUGGCUCACGAGGAGUCGCAGCAAAGCAACACGGUCAAGUUUGAUCCGCCGUUACCGGACUGGAAGCAGCAGGCCAUUAGAAGACUUGGGUUCGGGAAUCUCAACAAGGUUGUGCUCUGCUUCGACCGCAUAUUUUGGGAUCCCAACGCGAAUCUCUUCGGACACGUGGGCAGCACAACAUCCAGUAGAGGAGAAAUGUUUCUGUUUUGGAGCAUUAGCUCAUCUCCGGUGCUGCUUGCCCUGGUCGCCGGAAUGGCAGCCAAUAUUGUAGAGAGCGUCACCGACGACAUCAUAAUAGGGCGCUGCAUGUCAGUGCUCAAAAACAUUUUCGGGAACACCUCCGUUCCACAGCCCAAGGAGACGGUGGUCACGCGCUGGCGCAGCGAUCCCUGGGCACGUGGCUCCUACAGCUACGUCUCCGUGGGUUCUUCGGGCAGUGACUAUGAUCUGCUGGCGGCGCCGGUUAUUCCGCCGUCCAGUAAGGAUGCGGAAGGUUUGCCACGCCUCUUUUUCGCCGGCGAGCAUACGAUACGGAAUUAUCCGGCCACCGUGCAUGGAGCCUAUUUGAGUGGAUUGCGCGAGGCUGGUCGCAUUGCGGACUACUAUCUGGGCUAUCCGGAAGGCACUCCGCCGGACAUCGGUUACUCGGUGGCUGAGGCGGCCAAUCUGGUGUCCGUGGGGAAUGUUGUGAAGCUGCGCGACCUGUCGCCCAAUCUUUCCGACUCCCCUUCGUCAAAGAAGUCCGAGGAGAACUCAAAUUCAAACACUGCCGACUCCGCGGAGCUACAGUAACUAUGUAUUUAGCUUGAUGGACUUGAGCCCCUUUCCCCUAAAGCGUUUAGUUUUUGUAUAAUACAACUGGGGCUCUCUGUUUAGAACUAUGCUAGAUCUAUGUAAAUACCUAAGACUAUUCCACUAAACGUGGACUUCUUUAGUUACCAUUCAACAUAUUAUUUUAUUACCUUUAUUUUAAGAGAAAAAUAUGGAAUAACACCGAACAUAGCAAAACUUUCUCAGUGUUUUUUUUUCAGUUCCAAGCUCCCUUUGGGCGUUAUUAAUUGAGCAACGAAUGCAAUUAUCUAUCAUAACUGGUUCAACUUGUUUUGAUAGAUGAGUCUGCUACCCGUCUAAUUGCGAGUGUUUCUUUUCAAUAAUUGAAUAACCAGUUAAUACGUUUAAAAUCAAUCUUUCAUAAUUUAAAUUAUAGAAUACAUUUUGUAAUUGUAAUUGGCAAGCGUAUUAUAAAUAGUUAUAGUAAUAAUGUAUUAGAAGAACUAUUUAUUUGUAGGGGCCAAAAUACCCACUUACUUAUCCUUACUUUAUUAUUUCAACCUAAUACAUUUCUUUAUUAGUCAGAUUUUAUUUAACUUCAUUAAAUUCCUUUUUAUACUUAAAAAACCUCACAUUUUUGGUCCCCGAUUAUAGACCUACUUCUUAGCAAAACUUUCGUGAAGUAAGUGGACCUUUUUAUAACUGCUAGAUUUAAGGAAUGGCAUUUAAUUACUCUUUUAAAUUUUUUCCGAAACUGUAAAAUUAGAUAAGCCUCCUAAGGAGAAAGUGUGUUUCGACACAAGCAACUAUUUUAUUGUUAUUAAAGAAAAUAUAUAA